AUGCCUGUUAUUGGUGCCCCAAAGGGCCAUAAUCGUUACAGAGACCCCAAAACGUUUCAGAUGACACCUGAUUUGUACAGAGUGAGGCAGCCAUUUUUCUGGAGGAACUUUGCAGCAUUCUUUAUAGUCGGAGCAGUACCCUUGAGUGUGUACAUGUACACUUGGAAUGUGCUUAGCAAAGACGACUUCAGUGAUAUCCCCAUCCCUCCAAUCUCCAACGAGGAGUUAGCUAAGUUAAGGGAGGAGUAUGACUCGAAAAAGUAA